AUGGAAGGCUCUAGCGAGGAACUGGAACCACCUAAGAUCACGCAGGAAGCAGCAGCAGGCUCUGAAGAUGUUCAAGAGCCCGAUAAGCAAGGAUCUUCUCUCCAAUCCGAAAGCUUCGAUCCGCAACAGAUUCUGUUGGACGCAAUUGAUCGCCGUAGGCAACAGUGCAAUCCCAGGCAGGCUUUUUUCCUUUCUAAUUUGGGAUUUGAUAUCCACAAUCCAGUCCGGCAUACAGGAAUCUCGCCAUCUGAAUUUCUUUCUGUACCAAACGAUCAGGUAACCGCUGCGCAAACAGGAUUUGAUGAAAGUCUAUUCGUGCCGCAGGAAGAAUAUUCGUCAUUGUAUCUUCCACCUUCGGGACCAGAUGUGCCUCCGAUGUCUCCAGAUGAUCAAAAUAUGCUCGAACUACUUCAGGGGCUCAACCCAGAAGGUGACACAAGUCCACCUGUUCAACAGCUUUCACAGAAUCUUCCUUACUCGAGCGCUAGUGCUUCACAAACAGGGAAUGCAGGCACAACAGCUGCACCAGCCGAUGAUGAGAAAGUCUCAAGGCUGUCCGCACUGUCAUGUGUCCACUCAAUAUCAUCCUCAUCUUCAACCUCCGGGGACACUGACGUACCGGUAGAAGACUUCCCGGAUGACACCGGAGACCAAAGCUGCCCAGCAGAGUGGCCUGACGAGGAGCUCGAAACUAGUACCAGGGCUGACUUAUCGAAGCGGCAAUUCAAUUCUAUCAAGAAAUGGUUUGAUAAGAUUGACGAGCCUGAUGAACCCACUUCACGACAGGUUCCUAUCGAGAAAAGGACUGAAAGCUCUCAUGAUGUCCCUGUCAAGCGACAGCCGAAACAGCGACGACAAAACAGGAUUUCAGCAGACGAAAAACGAAAGAGCAAGGAACUAGGUCUCGCUGCUGUUCUUGCACAGCAGAAGAAAAGGGGACCUUCGACAAGAGCACCUCGUAAGCGGAAAGAAAGAGGGCUUGACAACGCAAUCCCUGGUCCCAGUAAAAAGGCAAAGCGAGGGACCUUAGGUUCCAAAAAAUAUCUAGAAGCUCUCCUUUCCUCUACGAUCGUCGCUGAUGCACAUGCCAAUGCUUCACUCGAUGCAAUACCUGAACUCAAAAAUAAAGAUAAGAUGAAAGCACUUACACAGCUCGUUGCUAGUCUUCCUAGUGCGGACCAACAAGAGGCUAAAACUGACAAGAAGUCGAUCAUUAUAGCUACCCGCAAGUUCACUAACAUUCCGAGAAGCGACGGAAAAUCUGGAUGGAGACUCAAGGGUAUGAAUACGAGCUUAUACCACUAUCAGGUUCUGGGCGCUGCUUUCAUGCGUGACCGCGAAUCAAGGUCACAAAGACCGUUUGGUGGACUCCUGUGUGAUAUCAUGGGUUUCGGGAAAACUAUUCAAGCCCUGGCAAAUAUCAUAGAUGGCAAACCCUCUGAUCCGGAUGACCCUAUCAAGACUACACUCAUCAUUGUUCCAUCACACCUAGUCACUCACUGGAAAACACAGAUCAACCUACAUUGCGAAAAGAAAGCAAUUGGCAAUGUCCUUAUAUACAAGGCCAGCUCGAGACUUGAGACCCUCGAUACCAAUGAUACAGUAGAGAGCCUCGCAAGAUAUGACGUUAUAAUUACUACAUACGAUGAAGUCAGGAGAUCCUAUCCACGAACUAAGAUCGUCGAAAGCGUGGAGGGAGAGGAAAAGCUUGCAGCCUGGUGGGACCAAUCCUACGAAGAACAGACCGGCCCGCUACAUAGGAUGAAGUACCAUCGGAUCAUCAUUGAUGAAGGUCAUGCCAUCAAGAACCACCUAUCCUCAGUAUCCAUUGCUGUCCGCUCUCUCACUAGCCAUUUUAAGUGGAUUUUAAGCGGGACCCCAGUUCACAACUAUCUGGAAGAAUUUUAUCCGCUCUUCCACUUUCUCGGCGUUCCGGGUAUCAAAGAUGUUGGAUCCUUCAUUAAGAACUUUUGCAGCGAUGAUGACGGCCAUGACCGCCUUGUAAACAUUUUGCGAGCUUUUCUGUUCCGGCGGACACACAAAAGUCGACUUUUCGCGUUACCAGUGAUCAAACUACCCGAUGUGAACGAAAGAAUCGUUCGGGUUGCGUUCUGUGCCGUUGAACGAGAGCUUUACAACGCCAUAUCAGAGGUUUUCAUAGAAAACAUCAAUGGUUGUGCACAGCUCGAACAGCCCAAAUUAGUACAGUAUCGAUGCUUUCUAUCGAUGAUUCUGAUGCUUCUUAAAUUGCUUGUCUCGGUACGGAGAAACACAACGGUACUUAAUGAGCGUGAGAAUGAAGACACGAGCCAGUAUUCCACGGAGCUUCGUGGAGAUAAAACGGCGUUGACGGAAAGUUUUCGUCAAUUAAUGGACGAGCUUCAUGAUCGUGAGAUGUGGGACGAAAGACUACAAAGGACCAAUUGCCCCGAAUGCGAAUUUGUGCCUGUCAAACCUGUGAUAACGUCGUGCAAGCAUUUAUAUUGUGAGGAGUGUUACUACUCCUUACGGAUGGACAAGGACAAAAUGAUCAUGGAGCCUGAGUGUGUCCGCUGCCGGGUUCCGAUCAUGGAAGCUGCUUAUUUUGAGGAAGCGGUGGGCGAAAAGACACAACCUGCUUCGGUCCUUGAGAGUCUUAAGGGGAAGGAAAAGCAGUCCAAAAAGAAGACCACAACAAAGAAAAAAGGCACGGGCAACAUGGGCCGAUUCACAACACCACUAUCCGAAGAAAUGGAUGAAGAGCCAGAUGCUGACGAGGAUACGGACUGGAUUGAGGCUUGCGCUCGGAAUAUGCCGAGUGCUAAACUUACAAAGAUACGCGAAGUUCUUACCGAGUGGCUUGCACAGGAAUCCCCGGGCAAGAUAGUCAUAUUUACCCAGUUUCUAGAUUUCGUUAAAAUUCUGUCUACCAUGUGUGAAGCAGAAGGGUGGCCGUUUGUCCUCUUGACUGGAAAAUUGAGUCUAUCAGUCCGUGAAAACAAUAUGAAGACGUUUAGUGAUAAGAAUAGCGAAGUGAGGAUUCUCAUUGCCAGUUUGAAGGCUGGAGGCAUCGGACUAGACCUAUCAGCCGCCAACAAAUGCAUUCUUGUUGACUUGUGGUGGAACGAAGCUAUUCAGGAGCAGGCAUUUUGCCGCUUGUUUCGAAUUGGGCAAGAAAGCGAGGUGGAAUUUGUGAAGCUUAUCGUCGAUAAUUCUAUUGAUGACUACCUGCUCGAUUUGCAGACGCAUAAGACGGCUGUUAUAACCGGAGCUAUGGGCGACGGAGUCCUAGUGGGACGGGAUACAAUUGAGGAUCUCCUUCGAAUGUUCGCAGAUGUCGAAAAGGACUCUAGAGGGGUGCUUCAUCUCAGGGCCAAGACAGCGUCGAGGGAUAUUAGAAUUGGAGCUGGAUUCCCACCAACUUUUGGCGUCUUUUGAACGGAAAUCUAUUAUGAUAAGCAACGACUAUAUGCUACAGGUUUGAUGUCAGUUCUUUCCGUUUUGCAUGCUGCUUUGAUUUAUGGAGUUGCUUGGUUUAUACCCAGCAAAUAUGACCGAGAGGAGGC